AUGACCGCCACCACGGGCGACAAAAGUGGUCGCGAAAAGGAAUCGAUUCGUCAACCUUUGGACACGGUCGUUCUGAAAUACCUCCAAAAGCGAGGUUUUAAAAACGCCGAGCGAGCGCUCGUGGUGGACGCGAAACUGCAAAAAGACGCGACGAGCUCGAUGUCUUUAGUCGCGUUAGGCGCGGACGCGGCGUUGAGCGAUUUGCUGGUCUUGCACUCCGUGGAGGAUGAUUUCGAGGAGGAAGGCGGAAAGUUCAACGCCGAGCAGGUUCUGGACGGGUACGCGAGAGUGAGAGAUUGGAUUUUCGGAGCUUUAGAUAUGUACAAACCGGAGUUACUGCGCGUUCUGUUUCCAAUGUUCGUGCACUGUUACUUGACGUUGGUGAAGAAGAACAAAGUGGAAGAGUCUCGCGACUUCUUCGCGAGGUUUCACGAGGACCACGUGAGAGCGCACUGCGACGAUAUUCGAGGGUUGAGCGGCGUAGCGUUGCCGGAACACGUGGAGACGGAUCCGUGCGCGAUGAAGUUUAUUAAGCACAAGUUUUCGAUCGAGAUGUGUUUUCAAUCGUUCGAUUUGUUGGUGAGGUUUUUACGAGCCUCGGACGGGAACGGCGCGACGAAGUGUUUAGCCAUCUUGAACGAAAACGUCGGCGUGAAAAUUACGCAGAGGGACUCACCGUCCAUGUUUGUCGAAGAGGAGGAGGAGAAAAGCAUAGACGCGGUUUUCAGCGGUGUCGUAACUGGGGAGACGACGGCGUCGAUUGCCGCGUAUAACAGCGGACCUGGGAGAUUUGGUUUACUCGAACAGUCUUUAGAAAUCAAAGCGGAGAAAGCUUUUCGGGAAAUCGAAGCCAAACACGAAGAGGCGAUCAAACGAGAAGACGCGAGAGUGGCCGCGUAUAAACCGAAGAAGAUUUACAAAAAGAGGAAAAAGAAAGGUUCGGACAGCGAGAACGACGACGACGAGGACGACGACGAUAAAGAAGAGAAAAUUUUAGACGAAGAGACUAUCGAAGUCGACGGGUAUAAGGUUUUGAAGAGAAGAGAGAUAGACGUGCCGAACGUGCCUCCGACAAUCAGUCGCUUACGAAAUCCCAGGCUCGUGGAGAGCGAGAUACCAAUUCCCGAGUACGAUUACGACGACGGAUUGAGAGCUUUGGAAGACUUCUCGAACAGAGUGAAAGUGACGUCUGACAAUUUACCUUCCUGUUGCUUCUUUACGUUCACGCACGCGGAAGGCAAGUUGAUUUGCGCGAGCAUGUCGCCAGACGUGGAGAAAGUUGUGGGCGGCUUUUCUGAUUCUGUGGUGAGAACGUGGGAUUUAACGAGUGGCGAAAACGACGACGAGGAGGAUAACGAAGAAGACGACGAAAAAGAAGUUGGGGGCAAAGAAAUGGCGGAUGGCGGGACGACGACCGAAACCGGCGAAAAUAAGGAAAAGACCAAAAAAGUAUACAAACGCGGCGAUAAGAUUGGGAAAUCCAUGAAAGUGAAGGAAUUCAUCGGUCACUCCGCACCCGUUCACGACGUUCAAUACUCACCCGAUGGCAUCUACCUCCUCUCCGUCUCUCGAGAUUGUACCGCGCGCAUGUGGUCGUGCGAACUCGAAAUCCCACUUUGCGCGUACAAAGGCCACCAAACCCCGAUUUGGUGCGCGAAAUGGGCCUCGUGCGGUAACUAUUUCGCCACUGGUUCCCACGACAGAACCUGUCGAAUCUGGACGACUGAAUUAUCCUCCCCGAUCCGAGCCUUCUGCGGCCACAUCGGCGACGUCGAUUGCGUCGCGUGGCACCCGAAUUCCAACUACGUCGCCACUGGUUCCUCCGAUAGAACCGUUCGUUUAUGGGACGUCAGUACCGGUCGAUGCACCCGCCUCUUCGCCGGACACACCAGCGGUGUCACCGCUUUAGCAUUUAGCCCAGACGGUCAAUCCAUAUCCACCGCGGACGAUUCCGGUAUCAUCCACUCCUGGGACUUGGACUCUGCGCGCUGUUUCAAAACCAUGCUCGGCCACGAAAACGCGGUCUACAGCUUAGACUACUCCGGCGGCGGCGGCGAAAUCCUCGCCUCCGCAGGCGCCGACGACACCGUGCGCAUCUGGGACCACAAAGACGGCUUAGAAUCCGUCGUGACUGGUAUCAUCCCGAAAAUCGCGCCGACGAAAACCUUCCGCACGAAAAAUUGCCCCGUCGUCAACGCCCAGUUUACUCGUCGGAACUUGUUGUUAGCCUUUGGAAGCCGGCGUAUGCCGGUGUACCAUCACAUUAAUUAA